AUGCGCGCCGUCGAAGAAGUUAUACUGUAUAGGUCGGUAGUCUGGGCAGAGGCGCUGCGACACAAGAAAUAUCGCAGACACAUAGCAGCGGAAUAUAGGAAGGACGCUCACCGAAACGCGUGCUCCUACAGCAAGAUCUCAGAUCACGCGGUGCAAGUGGUCGCGGGUGUAAUUCCGAUCGAUCUACUAACCCACGAGAGAUUAUUCGUCCACCAGCAAAGGCCUGUUCUUGAAAAGGAGGAGGCAUCAAGGAUCGCCAGGUCUACUAGCAUCGAGACCUGGCAAAGCAGAUGGGAACAGGAGCCUCGAGGCAGAUGGACGAGCCGACUCAUCAGUCGUCUAGACACUUGGCUAAACCUGGAGGCGGGAGAUGUCGACUUCUUCCUCACCCAAUUUUUGAUAGGGCAUGCCAGAAGCUCUCGCAACAAUCGGGGUAGUUGCAAGGAUGAUUACCCCCCACUUCCAGAGGCACCAUGUUCGGAGACGGCCAGGCACUCUGGAGGAAUAAUUUUGAACAUAUGGAAGAACAAAGCACCAAAAAACUAA